AACCAAAUAACCUCCAUCACAAAAUGAACUGGAGGUGUGGCUCAAGUGGUAGAGCGCUGGCUUUGCAAGCCUGAGUUCAAACUCCAGUCCCACCAAAAAUCUCUGUUCUGUGGAGCUUCUUUUCCAGUAGGACAGACUGACAAUAAAUAAACAAAUUAAUAAACAAGAAAAUGCCUGACUGUGAUAACUGUGACAUUGGCAAUAAACAGGGUCAUUAUGUGGAGAAUAAAAGGAUAAGGUCUACUUUAGACAGGAUGUCUAGGGAGGGAAUCUCUGAGAAGGUAAUACAUGAGGUGAGCGGGUCUUGUACAGUGAGAUGGAGAAAAUAGGUGAAGAGGAGAGACAGUAUUCCAAGAGGAAGGAAUGGCAGGAGUGGAGACUUUGGUAUGGGAAAAAGGUAAAGUGUGUUUGAGAAAGGUGGGGGAAGCAGCUUGUAUAACUGAAGUAUGUGGAAAGAGGAAAGGAUUGGCAGAGAGAGUGAUUAGAAAAAUAAGGGUUGGGCCAGUUAACCAAGGAUGGGCCUUGGGAAGAAGAUUCUUAGGGAAGAAAAUUGAGUUUACCUUCAACAGGUAGAGUUUGAAGCACUUGAGAGGAUCCCUAAACUAAAAAUUCAAGAUGGCAUCUUAAGAACUAGCGACAGUAUUGGAUUGUAGAAAUUGUCCAGUUGCAUCGGAAUUGCUAGGGAGUGUUCUAGAAACACAGACUUCUCAAGUAUUAAAAAUAUAAGACUGAACAUGUGGCUCAAAUGGUAGAACACCUGCCUAGCAAGAGGGAAACCCUGAGUUCAAAUCCCAGUACCAACUAGAGAGAGAGUGAGAGGGAUUGAUUUCUGGAGUGCCUCACUGGGAAAUUCUAAUUCAAGUAGGUCUUGGCCAAGAUCUGGAAAUCAUUUUUUCAACACUCCCUGGUAAUUCUUUCUGCUCCAUUCAUUUAAUAAAUGUUUCUUGCAUUUCUGUUCUAUGCCAGGACAAUUCUAAGUACAGAGAUACAGCUCUAACAAGGUCAGAGAGCUUACAGUCUACAGAAAGAACACAGUGAAUGAAUAAAUAUUUAAAUUACAAUUGUGGCACAUACAUGCACAAAAAACAAGCUAAUAAAAUAUAAAACAUUAUGGUACCACACUAGAUAAACUGAAAGAUCUUUGAGAAAGUGACUAUGAACUGACAGAUGAGUAAUAAGAAGGAAUGUCACGCAGCAGUCUUGGGGAACAGCAUUCCAGGCAGAAGGAACAGCCAAUGCAAAAGCUGAAUGUAAUUUUUUGGUUUAUUCCAACUUGAUUAACCACCCAAAAUGGGGGAGAAGGCAUGGUGGAGGAGGUACUAUUUCAUCUUUGAGUGUUCACCCAGAAAGCUAUACCUGGCACUGUGCCUUGUGCUGACAUAAAUGUGAGUAAGACAGUCAUCUCUCUCAAAGAGUCAUCUGUCAAAUGAAAGAGACAGAUGACCCAAUAAGUGAGAACAUCCCAGACAAUGAAUCCAUGUUGUGAAAAAACCAAGCAGUGUGAUGAUAUAAACUAUUGUUUUUGAGACUAUGCAAAAAUUACUAAAAUUACUUUCAUUUUUGUUGUCUGAGCUGAUAGCUCAGAAUCUUAUCUGAUUUCAGGUAAGAUAUUUGUAGCAAUGAAAAUCGUGUUUGAGAUACUGUAUAACUGACUAUUGGGGGUAGUCCUAAUAAAAGCUAACAAUCAUUGAGAGCAGAGACUCAUCUGGCUAAUGUACAAACUCACAGUAUUCACAACAUCUCUGUGAGUCAGGAACUAUGAUUAUUCCCCUAUUUCAGAUGAAGAAACUGAGGCUCAACAAGGUGAGGGGACUUUCCUGAAGUCAUUAGACUGCCGUGUGGCAAUUCCCCAGCUUUGUCUGGGUUCAGAGUCUCACUGCUGGUCCCUCAUGAAUGGCUCAGAUACUAAUACAGUCGUUCCAAAAAUGGAUCAUUCUCUAUUCUUCGUGGCCAAAUUACCCAUUUGGGAGCGGUCAACACCAGAUCUACCUGCAUGUUUCUCUAGUGGUCCCGUAGGUGGAAAAUCGGAGAGAUGACUUCCUUGUUUCCACAUUUGGGAAAAACUGGAAGGCCCCCUGACUCUAGUCUCUUGAGACCCUGUGGAGUGUGGGAAGCACUGGAAGUCUGUUCCCAACUGCAUAGGGUGGAGUCUUUCCCCUCCAAUAUACUGAAAUUUGGUGGCUUUAAAAAUAAAUGAGCUGGUCAUCUUCAACCUGCUGGCUGGUCAGUUUGCAACUUAGAAGGUUUCCAGUCCCUCUUCCUUCAAGCCUCCUUUUCUUGCAGUUUCUCAUUGUGAAUUCAAAUGUCUGUCCUAUGGUCUCUGGGUGUGUCAGGAGUGCAGGGUCCUCUGCCUUUGAUCUGUUUCUGGUGGCGACUGGCUCUCUCUUUGCUCCCUGCCUCCCCUCCUUUGCUCUCCCCUCCCUCCCUCCUUCCCUCCCGUGGGGAGGCUCUUGGCCUGGGUCCUGAGCCCGGCCGGGUGCAGGCAGAGGACACAGGAGGUGUGAGGUCACAUCUCCCUUGAGCCCCGCACCACUAGCUUUUCAGAACCUCGCCAUGAGCCGGCAACCAAAGCCCCAGAACGCGCGAACCGUGCGCUCCUUCUCCCUCCCAGUGCAGCCGACUUUGCCCAUGUCUCAGUACGCUCCAAGCUCGGACUUCAAGGGACCUUUGGAGAGCAGCAGUCCCGAGGCCAACACUGAAGAUGACAAGACCGAGGAGGACAUGCCUAUGCCUAAGAACUACCUGUGGCUCACCAUCGUCUCGUGUUUUUGUCCCGCGUACCCCAUCAACAUCGUAGCUUUGGUCUUCUCCAUCAUGUCUCUGAACAGCUACAAUGAUGGAGACUACGAAGGAGCCAAGCGACUGGGGCGGAAUGCCAAGUGGGUGGCCAUCGCUUCCAUCAUCAUUGGCCUUCUUAUCAUCGGCAUUUCUUGUGCAGUGCACUUCACAAGGAACUCCUGAAGUGACUACAGCUGGCUGCAAGCAUGGAGGAGGAUGGUCCUCAUCUCACACACCCCAAAGAAGUUUCUGAGGAAUGGAUCCUUGACUAUAGACUGUGAGAUCUUUUCCUCCAGGACUCUCCAGAGGCAGGUCCCUGGCAAAUGAACAACAAAAAAGUACAAAAUUUAAGAAAUCAAAGCAGCACAGCCCCAUCAGCCAAAGUCACCAACUUUGCUUAGUGAGUCUCUUUGCAUCCGUUGCUCUGCUCCAGAGAUGAUAUCUGGAAAUCUCAUUACUCUUGUUGGGGUGGGGGUGGGGUACCAGGAUUUCGGGAAGCAGGAGGUUUCUUGGGAGAGCAGGGAUGCUGGUGUUUACAAUGACAAGUACAAAUAUUUGUGGCAUGUGUAAAGUUGUCCCAUACAGUGGAAUUUGUGGAUUGCUUUUUUUCUUUUUCAUUUUUUCAUGUUCUAGGUUCACUUCAAUCUUCAGUAAACCCCCAUCUCCAGCAGCACCCCUAGAGUUCACCCAUCCGCUCAUCAAAGACGCGAAGACUGUCUGGCCUUUGUCUUGAUUCUGUUAAUAGCUUCCCACUCCCUUCCUCAUAUCUACAUUGCUCGGCUUGGCCACAGCCGCACCAUCCACUCAGAUUCUGAGAAUGUACUUAGUGGCAAUUUAGGCACCUGUGCACCCUCCCCAUCCCAAGUUUGGUAAUAAACUGGCUAUUUAUGGAGUGUGAUUUUUUUUCAAUCUUUUUUUAGCAAGUCUCAGGCAAGAUCUUUAAUUUUCCUGUAUAUCACUUGAAUAUGUCUCCCCUUUGAAUUUCUUUUCUAUCAAAUGCAAACUUAGGUGUGAAGCCAUCAUUCUGCUUCAGAACACGCUAACACAGUGUUUGCAGAGUGCAAAGUGUGUGCCACUGGUGGUACACAGGGUAAUUUCUAAGUAGUGUAUAGACACACAUUAAGUAAUACUGAGUCACAAAGAAUUUUCCCUUAUCCUGUUCUUUUUCAAUGGUGAUUACAGCAAGGAGAAAAUCUCUGCUUUUAAGAGUGUCAGUGGGCUCUUAACACCUGUGUAACAACCACCAUGGCUCUUUGCCCAUUUUAAAAAGCAGCUCGGUCACCUGUCUCGAUAGAAUUCAGUGAUGUUGUUUUGUUUUUGUGGUAUUUAUUUUGUUACCUCCCACUUGUGGCUUUCCACAAAUGGAUGUUCUAUGUCAUUUCUGUUCAAAUAAAUUUACUUAAGUAAAGACACUCAAAGACAAAUAUCAAGUCAUUUCUAUAAAGGAUAACAUAUAUCUGUACAUAGAGUAGAGACCACCUCACAAGCGAAUGUUAGAAACGGAGUGAUAAGGAACUUCCAUAAACGAAAGAAAAGACAGCUUUUCUAAUUGAAUGAAAGGAAGUGCAGAAUCAAAUACUGGUAUAUUUGCCUUUUCUUUUUUUGUUUUUUUGGUUUUUUUAUUUUUUGCCAUUAACUAGCUAUGCAAGUUGAUUUUAGGCAAGUUUUUCAGCCUGUCUGUGCCUCAAGUUUCUUCUUGUGGAAAAUGGAGAUAAGAAUGCCUGCCUACUUACUUCACACUGUUAUGAAAAUUAAUUGCUGUAAUCAAUGUACCCCUGGGGGACAAUUCUAAGUAAUCUACAAACACAAACUGCUUCUCAGAUGAUUGUGAAUCUCAAGCAUUUGUAAAAAUCCUGGACCCUAGCCAAAAAUAAAAAUAAAUAAAUAAAAGUUGAUAAACACUAGACUUCACCUGUCAUUUCACCCAGAUGUCUGCCUUGAGCCAGCACUUGUCCCAGGAGGACACUGAAUCAGGGACAUGAAUUCUCAGAACACAGGGAUGCUGGUGCCAUUCCAGUAUAUCAGAUCUUAAUUUCUGUUUUGGACAUCUUGUUUUUGUUUCUGUAUAUUUGAGUUCCUGGUCUUUUGCCCAAAUCAAAUGAAAAGUGUUGCUGAGAGGCAAAAUAAAAAAUAGUUUUAAGUAAUCCUGUUUACCAUGGUGUGUGACUCAUGUUUCUUGGGGUUCCCAUUCUUCUAGACACUUCCAUAACCAAACUGUGCUCAUCUAUCCUAGACUCUUUCCAUAGAGAAGACCACAAAGAGGACAGGGAUAGGGAUAGAGAGCCAUUCACA